AGGAGCCUGUUGGACGGCCACAAUGAAUCCCGGACCUUCAUUGGAGUGGACCGUUGCCACCGUCUCCAUCUAUGGGAAACUCUCCGUGUGGCUCGGCGCUGAUCCUGGACCUGAAAUUCCUGUUGGGUCUUUCUGUUGAUGUGGAGGCCGGAUAGAUCUCGCGGGAAGGAUGAUGAUUGAGCUGCAAAGCCCGGAUGAUAGAGGAGGAGGUGGUGGAUACAUGGACAUACUGAGCACGGAGGAGCUGGAGUGUAAGAUCUGCUACUGUGCCUACAACCUGGGGAGCCGCCGGCCGAAGGUGCUCGAGUGCUGCCACCGUCUUUGCGCCAAAUGCCUCGCCAAGAUCCUGGACCUUGGUGAGUCACCUCCGAAUGCUGUGGUGUGUCCGUUUUGUCGCUACAUCACUAGACUUCCUGGGCAGGAGGUGAGCAGCCUGCCAGACGAUUGCAAUCUGGUGGCGGCGCUGUCCCUCCAAAGCAGGAACCAGAGGAACCUCCACUUUCACCAGGAGGCGACGACGGAGCUGCUCCUCAGCCCCCGGCGCCUCAACUCGCUGAUGGGAAGUAAUCCACCCAUGACAUCCCCUUCCUCCUCCACGUCUUCUUCCUCCACAACCUACUCCACCAUACGGGGGUCGCCUAACUUUGUGGUGAUCACCAUCAUGGGGCCGCCACCGAUGCCCACAUCCAACCGAGAAGUCCACCAUCAUGGAUCGAGCUACCGCUCCUCCAGCGUGGACUCCAUGGCGUCCAUCACGCAGAGGUGGACGAUGUGGAACUGUGCGGCCCUGCUGUGCCAGACCUCCGCCCGGGCGCUGGUGUGGGUUUUGGGGUUGCUGUACUUCAGCUCGCUGCCCAUGGGGGUCUACCUGCUCAUCAUGCAGAAGACCACGGUCGGCGUCCUGCUGGUGAGCCUGGUCCCCGCCAGCCUGGUCAUGAUCAUGGUCUACGGACUGUGCCAGUGUAUCUGCCAUGAGCUGUGGGACUGCAUGCCUCCGUAAUGGGAGGCACAUGAAUGAACGGGCAAUGGGUUUGCUUAGCUAGACAAUGGGUUUCCAGAGUUCACUAAUGGGGAGGUUACUGUGUAACUGACCAUGCAAACGCUUCAGUAGCAGAACGAAGAAAUGCUCCUUUUCUUUAUAGGGGAAGAGACUGUAAAUGGAGCUUAGGGUGUUUUAUUGUUAUACUUGUUCAUUUGUGGUAGUCUGUUUAGCUUGGUAGACGACCAAUCUGCUACUUGCACAGUCACUUCCACAUUCUACGUAAUACUGAUCGACCGUUUCCAGCUCAAAAGUGAUGACCUUUUACACCCGUUUACCACAGGAGCUCCCGAAAAAAGGAACAUGUCGGGUGUUCAUCGGAUUAGCCGGACGCCAAAAGCCCCAGCUAGCAAACUGGACAAAGACUUUGUCUCUGUCGUACACUCGUGAUAAAAUGGACCUAUAAAUGAAAUCACCGCCAACUUAAAAGGACAUGCGGGGACUGGAAACAGGUGAAUAGUAGACCGGACCGGAAGAACAGGGACCCUCGUGAAAGUAAUGCGUGUCAGAUUUAGCUACGAGGUAACUUAGGGAAAACAUGUCACUAACAGAUAUCAAGAUGAAACUUUUCCAGUUGAUUACCGACAUAAAGGAAUAUUUUUUGUAUUAAAAGUUUUCCGAAAUGUUAUGUUUGAAUAUGCAAAUGAGGGAUUCUCUCAUUAAAUCGGUGCUGGUUUGCACCUUGUAUAAAUUUAGGUUUCAAAUUCCUGUUUCCUUUUGUAGACAUAUGACAGUCACGCGAUGUUUUCUGGAAUAAAUUGUAAAAUAUGUCAGGCUGUAUGACUUUUUUUUAGGUUUUGGUGAAUGUUUCGAGCGUCUGAAGCUGAGAUUAAUAUUAAGUUCGAUAAAUGUGCAAAUUGGGUAUCAUUAAAUGCGGUCUUUUGGUGAAUUGAGGAAAAAUCUACAAAUGUAAACAGAGAAAGUUAGUGAAAUAAACAUGUAAAUAAGUUGGGGAGUAAAUAGCCAAACUUCAUGGCCAAUUCUGGAGAAAUCUGCUAAAUAAAUGUGUGUGGAUGUGAAGACGAGACAGAACUAUCAACGCUUUUGCAGGUUAUUCUGCUAAUUAUGAAUCAUAGUACAAGUUGAGAAGUUCUUCAGAUGAUGCAACAAAUUAAAAUCAACAUACUGUAAAAUAAUAACAAGAGUAAGAUUGGAGAAAUGGAAAGAAAGUCUUAAUAAAUAUCAGUAAAGUCUCCUUUAAAAGGUUGGAUUUAGGUGGAUAUCCGAUGCCUUAUUGCCUCGGACAGGUCCAUCUAAGCAUGCAGCAUAAUACAUUUAGCAAUAUUGGAAAGCCUUCAUGUAUUAUAUCCUUGAAUGCAAUAUUAGUCCUUGCUGGUAGCGUGGGUACGGAGACAAAAAAGGUGCAAUUUCAAACGUCAUGGCUCUGGUUAAAUGUUCAGUUCAGUGUAUAUUGAAGUGUCUUUUACUCAUAUCUUGCUCUCGGUGAUGAGUUUGAGCCUGAACCACCAGAGGGGGCUGAUUCCCUCUGCGCCUUUAUGUCUCAGAAAAUAGAUAUUGAAUGAAAUACAAUCAGUGAUGAAGUGAUGAAUGAGUCCCAUGCUUCAAGUCAAACUUUUGCAGCUCACACCAUUCAUUCAAAUGAUGGAACAAAUGCUGCAGGAGUGUUUACACAAAUCAUUUGACAGUCAAAUUGCACUUUAAUGCUGUUAUUACUCAACUUACUGGGAGAAUACA